GCGCCCCCUCCCCCGUGCCGGGGCGCGGCGGAGGGAUGUGGGGCUUUGCGGGAGGAAGGCUUUUCGGCAUUUUCUCGGCCCCAGUGCUGGUGGCGGUGGUGUGCUGCGCCCAGAGCGUGAACGAUCCCGGGAACAUGUCCUUUGUGAAGGAGACGGUGGACAAGCUGUUGAAAGGCUACGACAUUCGCCUGAGACCCGACUUCGGGGGUCCCCCGGUCUGCGUGGGGAUGAACAUCGACAUCGCCAGCAUAGACAUGGUUUCCGAAGUCAACAUGGAUUACACCUUAACCAUGUAUUUUCAACAAUAUUGGAGAGAUAAAAGGCUUGCCUAUUCUGGGAUCCCUCUCAACCUCACGCUUGACAAUCGAGUGGCUGACCAGCUAUGGGUGCCUGACACAUAUUUCUUAAAUGACAAAAAGUCAUUUGUGCAUGGAGUGACAGUGAAAAACCGCAUGAUCCGCCUUCACCCUGAUGGGACGGUGCUGUACGGGCUCAGGCCAGGCCGUAAAACUCAUGGGCGUCAACAUUGGCCUGCUAAGAACUCAUCCUGCAGUAGAAGGAUUCACAGAGCCUACCUGGCUAUUAAUGCAGGGGGUGUCACCAAGCAUCUUGACCAGGAAGCCCAUGGAGUUCUCAGUGAGUCAGCUGACAGAAGCAAAUUGCAUGGGAAACCUCUUGGUUCAUGGGCUUUUCAAAGACAUGCUGUUGAACCAUGGAGGUCAAAGCAAGCUCUUUUGUCUGCCAUGUCUUUUCUCCAGUGUAAUCUUUGUCUGUUUACCAUAGGUGCUUAUCCUCGGCUCUCACUGAGCUUUCGAUUGAAGAGAAACAUUGGAUACUUCAUUCUCCAGACUUACAUGCCCUCUAUACUAAUUACGAUUCUCUCAUGGGUGUCCUUCUGGAUCAAUUAUGAUGCAUCUGCGGCUAGAGUUGCCCUUGGGAUCACGACCGUGCUGACGAUGACAACCAUCAACACACACCUUCGGGAGACGUUGCCCAAAAUCCCCUACGUCAAAGCCAUUGACAUGUACCUCAUGGGCUGCUUUGUCUUCGUGUUUCUGGCCCUUCUGGAGUAUGCCUUCGUCAACUACAUUUUCUUUGGAAGAGGCCCUCAAAGGCAGAAGAAGCUUGCAGAAAAGACAGCCAAGGCAAAGAAUGACCGUUCCAAGAGUGAAAGCAACCGGGUGGAUGCUCAUGGAAAUAUUCUAUUAACAUCCCUGGAGGUUCACAAUGAAAUGAAUGAGGUCACGGGCAGCGUUGGUGAUACUAGGAAUUCAGCAAGACCCUUUGACAACUCAGGAAUCCAGUACAGGAAACAGAGCAUGCCUAGGGAAGGGCAUGGGCGACACAUGGGGGACAGAAGCAUCCCGCACAAGAAGACCCAUCUACGGAGGAGGUCUUCACAGCUCAAAAUUAAGAUCCCUGAUCUAACCGAUGUGAAUGCCAUAGACAGAUGGUCCAGGAUCGUGUUUCCAUUCACUUUUUCUCUUUUCAACUUAGUUUACUGGCUGUACUAUGUUAACUGAGUGACUGUACUUGAUUUUUCAAAGACUUCACUUAACACUGAGUGAAAUAUUACUCUGCCUGUCAAGUUUUUAUACCUGUACACACACACAGACACACACAUGCAGACACACAUAUAUACAUACGCAAUUGUAUAUAUAUGUGAACUUUCUCAGCAUAUAUAUAAAAUACACGUGUAUAUGAGGAUGUAUGUGUAUAUGUUUAUACACACAGGUAUAAGUACCCAUGUGUAUGCCAAACAAAUACACAUACAUAUAUACAUUUUGCAGCUAUGGACAAUUUAACACAGGAUGCAUAUUAAAGAAAGUCAUAGUUUUUUCUUUUUUAAUUGAAAGGGACAAGCAUCGUCUAAAUAUUAUGCCUUGAGAAUGAGGGCGUGAAACACAAUAUCAUCCCAAAAUGUGUCUUUUAUUAUCAUAAGUUAGAUGUUUUAGUUUAAAAAUCAAAAGAAACUCUUAAUCUUCAAAAACUCAUACAGUGAUAUUGCUAGUUUAAAAUGAGUCACACACUUCAUAUCCUUUCUGUUUACUAAGCAAAGGCUUUUCAGCUUUUUUGGUGAUGGGGUUUACUUUCAUCGGGCAUACUUUUUGUGUACUGGCAUAAUGGAUAAAGUGAGCCACUGGUGUGUGCUCACCUGUUGUCUUAAACAUAGAUAGAUCCCACGUUGAUGUCUGAACGCCCAUCUUUUGAAAACCCAUCAGGAAUGGAUGGCAUCUCAUUUUAAGUACUCUGAUGUACAGUGUAUUCUUUUGUUCACUUGGAGUGGAUCCAGCUUACUUGUCAUGCAGGAACACAGUGGCAUGUUUUGGCAAUGUUUAGUUGACAUUUCAAUCACUGAAAAUGUGCUCUACAUCUCCUAUGGAUUUCUAGGCCUGAUAUCUAACAGAAAGCAUAGACGUCUCAGGUUAUUUGUUACUCUAAGGUAAAACCAUCUAGGAUGAUUUUCCCCCUUGUCUUUAUGUUAUCAAUCACUCUUACAACGUUGUAUGUUAAUAUAAAAUAUAUUUGCAUAAUAUGCAUAUAUAUGUAUAUUUACCAAGAUUUUCUUUCUUAAUGCUUGCUAUCAUGGCAGCAUGCGAUGUCAUAUUUUCCUUUACGUGAUGUAAGUACUUUCUGUUAUCUAGAAUUAAGAUUGAAGCUUAAAAAACUUCUACUGUUCAAUUUCAGAAACCAAGAAACAUCUUCAUACCUUUAUUUCUGUAUCUGACAUAGUUCAUAAGCACAUCCAACUACUCCUAGUUUAACUAGGAUGCUGCAGGAACAUGACCAGUACACACCACGCAUCACCCAGUGACCCAUGACCGUUCUCUUGAGGCAAAGGAGAGCAACCUGACAACAAACACAGUCACUUUUGGUUCCUUCUGAUCCACAGCCUCAUCAGUAUUUGGACUUUUUAAAGCUCGUAGAAACAAGACAAGGUGCACCGGUUUCAUAGACGCAACCUUAACUUACUAUUUAGAUGAGAUCUUUCUAAAGAAAAAAAAAGAGAUGAUAUAUUUUUUGUAAACAAUAUUUCUAUCACAGGCCUCCAUAAACUGAAAUGACUACAGUUGUGCAAACAGAUGUCACAGUGAAGUUAAGCAUUUGGAGAAAAAAAAAAAGCAAAAUAUUCAGGAAAGAACUGCUAAAUUAAUACUUUAUCCCAACAUGCCACAUAUGCCUCACCCUCUCUGUUCUAUCCAAAAGCAAUAACCAAAAUCUCGUCCAGUACUCUAUUAGCUGGCACCUGUUUCUCCACUUAGAUAGAGGCACCACAUUCCCUGAGGAUGUAUGUGGUGUGGGCUAUCACCAUAAGCUGACCACUACUUGAUUUUUCUUUGGCGGCCAUAGCAAUCUUUAAUUUGUGGGAGUCUGUCACAGUUCUAGACCCACUGUCAGGUAAAACAUAACCCACAAAAUCUCAUGCUAGAAGCAAUGACCAGUUUUACACCCUUUCCCCUUCGUCAUUCUGACCUUUCUUCAACACCUUCUACCCGCUGCUCUCUAGCUUUAUCUCUAGUUGUUUUUUUUUUUUUAAUCUGGAGACUAGCCAGUGAUCUCUUGGUCUUGGGCUUUUCUCUGACAAUUUUUUUUCAUGGGUAACAAUGAGGGAUCCUAAAAGUUAAACAGAUUGGGAAAAACCUUGUAAGUGGCCUUAUCAUUGUUAACAUGUUAAAGAAAAAUAGACAUUUGUGAAGACCUUAUCCCUUUCAAUACUUCAGGUAUCUUUUUCUGUAUCCAGUGAUUCAAGGAGUGAGCUCCACAUGCAGAAGAGGGACCCCAAAAUGCAAAUGAACAUGGACAAAAGCAGUCAAUGAUCGAUUUAAGUGUACAAUUUAUACUAUUCAGAACUGUGACAUUAAUUUUUUCUGGGAGAAAAAGGAUUUAAAACAUUUUUUGAUGCAUAGUUGAGGUACCCAACUAUCAAAGGCAGAGACCCCAUGGGGCUCAGAAGAGCUACAGUCUACUUACCAAGGUUUUCUGGAUAUAAAUUUGCAUGGUAUAGUCAUAAUAGCUUUUGAGCUUUUUAUAUGCAUUUGGCACCAAGACUGGGAUCCACAACUUUGUAGACACUGCGAUGAAGUUAACAUAAUAGCUAUACUAUAAAUAGUGUUUGUAACUACACACAUACAUACAUACACACACACACAAAUACACAC